AUGGAGAUCCCGACGAUCAACAUGCCUCGCAUCCCAAUUGGAAAAGCCGCGCAGCAGCUUUUGCUAUUUUGGUCAUAUUUUUUUUUCUCCCGGAUGCCGGAUUUCUUUUUGUGACUCGGAUCUUGCCGCUGUCCGCACAUUGCCGGCGGGUUGUCGGCAACAGCACGCAUGGAUCGUUGCUUGAUAAAUUCAGGCUUGCAUACCUCCAAGAAACCAGUUCGAUCUACUUCAAGUCAAAUCGAUCCUGUCAAACCCGAGGAUCGUCAUACGCUCGCAAGUCAAAGUCAAAGUAUUCACCAGAAAGUUAUUUCUUUUAAAAAACUAGAAGCAACAGUCACUGUCUUAGCAUGUAGUUACUAUAUUCGCAUUAUCCUAGACGACAUAUUCCGUCGGCACUAUCCAUCAAUCAUCAUCGUCCGUCAUCGAACGAAUGACUCAUCCAGCAUCAGCAAAUUCAUCAUCCCCUUCACAAGACAGCCACCACCUGGUAUUUAUCCCAUCAUCUGGCAAUCGUAUAACAUAAAAACGAGGUCAACCCCUUUGAUAGCGAGCCUCGUGUCGACUGUCGUUAUACGCUCGAUACGUCGGAGGCGAAAGAGGCCCUCCUCGAGGACCAAUGUCAAAUGGGAAGUGAAAAAAAAAAAGUAAAAAAAAAAUAGAGAAUAAACGACAUAAUGCUAAGAGACUCCUGGUAAACGUGCAUUCCAACGCCGAGUGGUAAUAAAGAAAUCGUAAAAGUGCUUCCAGUCCGUCCCCUAAAUAGCCAACCGGAACACCAUGUAUGGUCUUACAAAGCUUGGCUACAACGAAACUUCGCCAUAAACUUCAAGACAUUUUGUAUUGUA